AUGGCGGUGGUUAACACAUACUUCAGGAAGAGGUUGAGUAGGAGGGUGACUUAUUCCAGCGGAGGGCUAAACACACAGGUCGACUACAUCAUGUGCAGGAGGGAGGAACUAAAGAGAGUUCAAAACUGCUAUGUAUUGCCAAAGGAAGCGAUAGCCAGACAGCAUAAGUUAGUGAUCUGUAAAGCGAUGCUGCAGACUAAAGAGAAACAGAAAAUAUACAGCAUUCCGAAGACUCGAUGGUGGAAGUUGAACUCAAAAGUACAUCGAGAAGAGUUUGUACAGAAAUUGGAAAGAAAGAUGGGUGCAGAAGAGAUAUCAUGGGAGAGGUUGAGUACCGCUGUGAAGGAAGUUGCGAAGGAGGUUAUGACAAUAACAUCGGGAAAGAAGGGAAAGAAAGAAGAAACAUGGUGGUGGUGCGAGGAAGUACAGGAGGCAAUCAAAGUAAAAAGGGAAAGGAAGAGAGACAGGGACCUAAAUAGAUGUGAGGCAACAAUUGAAGCAUAUAAGAAGGCAAAUAAAGAUGCUAAGAAAGCAGUGGCAAAAGCAAAGACAGCAGCAUAUGAGGACCUGUACAACAGCCUAGAGGGGCCAGAUGGGCAGCAGAAAGCGAUCAGACUGGUGAAACAGAGAAACAAGAAAUCCCAAGAUGUAUACCAGGCAAAGAUGGUAAAAGACAGGAAUGGACAAGUAUUGACAGAUGACACACAAAUUAGAGAGAGAUGGAAAGAGUACUACCAGCAUCUUAUGAAUGAGGAAAACCCGAGGAUAGAGAGGGAGAUUGAACCAGCCGAGGAACAAGAGGAUUGCGGAAACUACCGUGGUAUAAAGCUCACAUCUCACACUUUGAAACUGUGGGAAAGGAUAAUUGACAAAAGACUGAGAAGCAGGGUGACAGUGUCAGAACAGCAGUUCGGUUUCAUGCCAGGACGGAGCACAUCUGAUGCCAUAUUUGCGCUGCGACAGCUGAUGGAAACGUACAGGGAUGGCCAAGAAGACCUGCACUGUAUCUUCAUCGACCUAGAAAAGGCAUACGAUCGGGUACCCCAGCAGGAAAUAUGGAACUGUCUGCGGCUGAAAGGGGUGGGAGAAAAGCACAUUCGUCUCAUCCAAGACAUGUACGAAGGGUGUCAGAUCCAAGUCAGAUGUGCGGCAGGAGAGACGGAGGUCUUUGAGGUUGCGGGUGGACUGCAUCAGGGCUCUGCACUCAGCCCUUUCCUGUUCGCGAUCAUAAUCGACUGUCUAACCCAAGAAGUGCAGAGGGAGGCGCCAUGGGAUAUGCUGUUUGCGGACGAUGUCGUGGUGUGCGGGAACAAGAGGGAUGAAAUUGAAGAGAGACUGGAACUGUGGUGGGGUGCAAUGGAGGACAGAGGUAUGAAAGUGAGUAGGCAAAAGACAGAAUAUCUGAAGCUGAAAGCUAAAGGGGAAGGCGGUGACAACGAAGAGGACACUGAAGUGAAGCUACAAGGAGAGGCAAUAGCACAGGUGAGGGAGUUCAAGUAUUUGGGUUCUAUAGUGCAAGAAGAUGGUGGUUCAGACAAGGAGGUAACCAAAAGGAUCCAGGCAGGGUGGGGAGCUUGGAAGAAGAUCACAGGUGUCAUGUGUGACAAGAACGUGCCAGAGAAAGUAAAAGGUAGACUGUAUAAGACGUUGGUGAGGCCGGCAAUGAUAUACGGAAUGGAAACAGUGGCGGUGACGAAGGUCCAAGAAGAGAGGAUGCAAGUAGCAGAGAUGAAAAUGUUGAGGUGGUCGUUGGGGUUGACAAUAAUGGACAAGGUGAGCAAUGAGACGAUUAGGGAGCGAGUGCAAGUGGGCGAGCUGAAGAAGAAGCUGAGCGAGACAAGACUGAGGUGGCAGGGACAUGUGACAAGGAGAGAGGAGAGCUAUGUUGGGAGACGAGGCGCCGCCUGCCUGGGCGCUCGUAGAUCCAGUCGAACCCAGGAGCUGGUCAGCGCAGUUAUUAGCCACCUUAAGAAGGUGGAAAGGAUUCGAGGAGGACCUGUGCGAGACGAGGACGUGUGGACGAGAGAACGAAUGGAUUUCAUCAAGGACCAGGAAGAAGAAUUGGACAACAAGGACGAGCAGCCACGAGAAUGGAUCGAAGAGAGAGCACGCGAAAAUAAGAUGCCCAGCCGGUCAGAGUCUAGCCGUACCAACCUAUCACUGUUCAACCAGUCCAUUGUAUUAAGUAAUUCUACAGCCUUUUACAGUUACCCAACAGUUGCGUACUGCUCUCGAGAACAUACCAAGAAUGGCAUAUGGUCUCUAGCUCCAGCUGCACCAUUAAGUAGUUAUGUGGUGGUGACAUUUUUCCAAGUUUUCUUAACCACAUGCCUGCGGGAGAGUGAAAGUGAGAAGGAGGAACAAUUCACCGUCGUGGCGAGAACCGUGGUUCACGACACCUUCCCAAGACCCUGUCCCCCCCCCCUCAAGAUCUGGCAUGCCCCCAAGACCACAAUUUUAACUUCUUUUACUAAAUUACAUUUAUAA